AUGGCGCCGAUUCUGCGGAGAAGAAAGGUCCAUUUUAAGGAUCAAGAAAACAUGGACGACGGCGAUUUGGAGCAGCCUCCGACGCCGGAAGACUACGAUCGAGAGCGAGCUCGCAAGAAUUUCUGCUUCGUUCUCGUUCGUAACGACAGACUCAAGAAGAACAAGCCGCGGCCAAUUCAUUCAUCCUCGACGGCCGUUUCGGAAUCGGAAGAAAUCUUGAAGCACCGGCGAUUCGUUGAAGACUUUGAAAACAAUUUGAAGAAGGAAAGACUCUUCGUCGAGCGGCGAAUGGAAAUCGUCAAUAACAAAAGCAAGGAGUUCGUGCUCAUCGGAAUUUCGGAAGAAUUGCUCGAAGAUUAUGCUGAAAAGCUGGAAAUAAAGCUUCCCAUCGAGAGCGAAGAGGAGAAACAAGAAUCGGUGAUCGCCCGGGCGCUCUACCGCUUCGAUCCGUUCAUGUCCCCAAAUCUGCUUGCGCCGAUGUGGCAGCAACUAGCGAACUGGACUGUGGAGAACGCGAACGCGCUCAAGUUCUACGAGAAGAAGAAACACUACAUCGACGCGCGCUACCAAAAAGUCCGCCGAAAGGUCUUCCAGAAGUUCGCCUCCAACGAACUGAUCAAACUCUCCAAUCCAGAUACAGUGUUUUCAAACAGCGUUCGGAUUAGAGUGAUUCAGUACAUUUUGAAGCACACUGCUUACGGAAAAAACGCCGAAAUCGGGAUCGAUCGACUCUUGGCCGAAGAAGUCUACGAAGACGCCUUCCCCCUCCACGAAACUGAUACCGAAGAAACUGGCGAGAAGAAAGUCGGAGAAAUCAAAGAGUCGAAUCUGCGAACGAUUUUGCGGGAAACAUGGGCUUGCUGGGCAAAGUCCCUCUAUUUUCAGCCGUUGUUUUUGAUCAAGAGAUAUUUCGGACCGCAAAUUGGCGAUCUUGAGCUUGGACAAGGUCUGCUGGUAACGAUGCGCCAGAUAAUGGGUUUCGCCGUGCUCGGCUGGGUAAACGAUUCGCCGGUGCAGCGAGCAAUGUGCAACGAUACGCGAAUCAUGUGUCCGCCGUGCGACGGGCCGGCAAAGAGCUGCCGCUUCACCGUUUUGGAAGACUCGUGCGCCUCGGCCAAGAUCAGCGCUGCCUUCGACAACAAGUGGACGGUGAUUUACGCGUUGUUCAUGGCCACCUGGGCGAAGAUCUUUUGCCAUCUCUGGGCCAGAAAGGAAGCGAAGAUGAGCAACGACUGGAACUUGACGGAAGACUCGAUCGACUCCGUCCGCGUCCAGUUCGAAAAUCGAGCGAGGAAGAUGCAGAACAGCCAGGGCAAGGGGAACAUUCUCAACACGAUUCUACAAAAACUCUAUCCAGUUAAAGAAGAAGACGGAAGCUACAAAGUGAGCUACGUCCGAAAGCUACCGUAUUUAUUCGUCUCCGUCUCGAUCAUCCUCACGCUCUGUCUAAUCGCAAUUUUCGGCGUGUUAACAGUUCAGCUUUAUCGACUCUGGAUGGCUUCUUUCCUUACUGGGUUGGAUUGGGACGAUCGGAUCACGGAGAACUCAGUUCUCAUCGCUUCCGCUUCCUCAGUUUCUAGGGUGGCCAGUUUAAUGCUAAUCAUCCCCUUUUUUGAGUAUCGUUGCCACCCUAGCUCAGUUUGCCUAAACAUGGUUUUCAUCUACUCACUGGACUGGGUCUUCCGUCUCGUAGCCAGCUGGCUAACCGAGUUGGAAAUGCCGAAGUUGGACACUGCCUACGAAAAGAGCUACACCCUGAAAGUGUUCAUGUUCAACGCGGUCAACUUUUGGGGGUCGAUUUUCUACAUCGCUUUCAUCAAGGGACACGGUACUGGCACGCCGAUUCGCUAUCAUCGCUGGCAGGGGAUUAGUUCCGACAGUUAUUAUCGUCUGGAAGAGUGCCAUCCCGCCGGCUGCUUGAUGGACGUGUCCCUCCAACUGGGCAUCAUCCUCAUUAUCAAACAGGUAGUUUCCAACAUCGUGGAACUAGCCUGGCCGUGGUGGAACGCCCGAAAGCAGAAAAAGACGAACAAGGGGUCGGACGAGAAGCCCUGGGUGCGUGACUACUUGCUCGCCAAGAAUGAAAACCUGUGCUUGUUGAAUGAGUACCAAGAAAUGGCGAUUCAGUUCGGAUUCAUCACCAUUUUCGUCGCCACUUUUCCGCUCGCCCCGUUUUUUGCCCUGAUGAAUAAUGUCAUUGAGAUUCGAUUAGAUGCGUAUAAAUUUAUUAAACUUCAUCGACGGGCGCGAUUUGUGAUGGCUCGCUCGAUCGGUGCCUGGGUUGGCAUUCUUCGCACUGUAGCUUCGAUCGCAGUAUUGACUAACGCCCUGGUAGCCGGCUACACCUCCGACCUGGUCCCGAGGGUUGUGUACUCGACGAUGUACGCUCCCAACUGCGCGCACUUGAGUCCACUGCUGCGGCCGAUGAAGAACGAGUGCUACCGCGGCUACGUGGACUGGUCCACCCAAAGCGUCCAUAUUUCCCAGCUGGAUUACGGGCUCCGUGAAGGUCAAAACGGCCAGCACCAGAUUUGGACGAUGAAAGACAAGUGGGAUCACCGCCACUCCAACGACUUCUUCAAACAAGUCCUUUCCGACCGCCAAGAUUUUUCUGUAAUCAAAAACUGCCUCAACUCGCCCAGUUCUACCUCCGACGAUGCUCGUUGCAAGUGCCAUUACCGCGGCUUCGAAACAGAAGCUUACUACAUCGUCUUCUGCGGCAGACUCAUGUUCAUUCUCCUAUUCGAGCAUAUUGUUCAGUUCAUGAAAUGGACAGUUUUGCGGAUGCUGCCCAACCACACUGAAAAAUUAAUGAAAGAAAAUUUGAAAAAAGAACGCCUCCGCCAGCAGAAAUUCCACGAACUAGACACCAACCACAAUUUGAAUUCGAGCGACAAGACACAUCCUUCCCUUCUAGAGUUCAAUUCAAGCGACGACAAUAAUGCCGACGAAAGUACACUUCUCGUGAAAACUUGA